GGCUGGUGUUUUAGUUCUUUCUCGGUUCCUUCAGCGGAAAGCCAUGGCACUUGCCUUGGCAACACUUGGAGACGGAUCUGGCCGGUGCAGUUCCAGGCCAGUUUGGUUUUCGGCGAAUGCGUUGGCUCGCCCUGGCUGCGCUGGAGAAUGCCCUGGCUUUGCGUGGUGGGCCCUGCAGCGAAUGGUUCGACAAUGCUUGGCUGAAGUCCGAGGGCUUUAGUGCUGAUGUUUGCUGCUGGGGUCGGCACCCCUCUUGUUGGCAAGGCGAGCACAGCUACGACACCUGCUGCAGGGACUUCGACGUUUCCGACUUCGAGAAGCACCUCGCUGCCCUGGGACACGCGCCGCACCUGCUGGCGCAGACCCUGCCGGCAGAGGAGCACUUCGCCAUCCAACCUUCCCAGACUUCUUCCGCCACGGCCCACGAGUUCUUCCGCCGUGCGGCGCCGGCGGCGCGCGCCGUGUGGACCGCCGCGGCCGCGGCGGAGGACGCGGCUUCGCUGCACGGCCUGGCGCUGCUGGUGAUGACGGCGCCGGGGAACUUCGCGCGGCGGAGGGCGAUCCGAAGGACCUGGCUGCAAAUGUUGACCUGGCCGGGUACCGAGAAUAUCACCUAUGCCUUUGCCAUGUGUGCGCCGGAUGCUUUGACGAAUUCUCGCUUGUUGGACUUCAAUCGACAGCUGGCAGAGGAGCAGGAGCUGUUCCGGGACCUUCUGAUUUUGCCUUGGCUGGAGGAUGUCUACUGGGGAUGGCCCCAUGCUGCCAAGACCUUCCUAGCCCUGCUGGCUGCCUUGGAACGCCAACCGUUUGCUCAGCACUUCGCUGUACUGCACGAUGACGUCUAUGUUCAUAUACCGCGCUUGGCCCUUUUGCUCGCCGACCACCCAUCUGGACAAGGGCUCUACCUGGGCAACGCCUAUCGCGGCCACGACUUUGUGGGGCACCGCCCAACGGACGGCGAGGAGUACGAGGAGAUGCACGGACACCGGAAGAUGUCAUGAAAGGCGGCCUUCUUCGUCAGUUCCGUGGAAGUCAAGGACAAUGCAGUGGAAAAUGCUAUAGACUUCCCGGCCUGUUCGUUCAACCCAAACGGUGUUGAGUAGAAGAAGGCAAGGGUCAAGAAGGAAACUUCCGAGAGGGCACACGUAUGCAAAAGCACCCUAGUGAGCAGCUCCACAUGAGGGCACAAGUAUGAGAGAGAGAGAGAGAGAGCGCACACGUGAGAGGACACACAUUUGUGCCUGCAACAAAAUCUGCGCAGUGAGAUUCACAAAGUGCUGCGGUUGCCGCAAAAAUGUGCGCAGUGACAGAGUGGGGUCCGAAAAGUGCCGCACUUGACAAGAAAUCUGGAUUUGGAUGCGUUUUGAGGUUUAAAAAGUUCUGCUGCUGUCAGGUAAUUUGCACUUGGUGGUCCGCCAAGGGCUGUGCUAGCCACAAAAUCUUCGCAUCAAGAUUCUCAUCGCGCAGCCCUCCCAGCGUGCUUCGCAACAAAAGCACUUUCAAUUACAAGUUCGAGAUACCAGAAGAAAGCCUUGCUCCUGCCACCUAAAUCAGAGGCCGCCACCAACGUCCAAAGCACCCUUGCCAUGGGUUUUUUUGCACGGCUCCGAGGGAUUCACGGCUCCGAUCGCGAAAGCUACACCACGCCC